AUGGAAAUCAAAAAUAAUAGUGUGAAUGAUAAUACGAUUUAUACUAGCAAGUUUAUUAAUCAUAUUAACCAACAAUCGGCUAAACACAUAGCAAUUAAAUUUACUUCUGAUAACAAUCUAUGUAUCAAUGAUAUUGAAAAAGAACUAAAUCUCA